AUAAAGAAGGAGAGUAUCGUCGUCAUGUCGGACUCCGGACUCGUGAUUUCCACGCAGAACGCAGCCGGCCAAAAUCCUCCGUUCGAUUCCGUCCGCCUGCCGCCGCCGCCGCCGCCGCUCUCGAUUCCUUCUCCGUCCGAGAACCGCCGUUCGCCGGAGACCUUCCCGACCCGGUCUCCGACCGCCUCCCCGAGCAAGCCCGGGUUCGCCGCGACGCUGAGGAUGUCUCAAUCCGCUCCCGGCCCAGUUGUUCAGCGGCAGAGAGUCGUGAUAGCGAACAAGCAUGGGGAGAAACUGGUGGGGUUGCUGCACGAGACUGGAUCUUCGGAGAUUGUGAUCGUCUGUCAUGGCUUCCGGUCUACCAAGGAAGAUAGGACGACGGUGAAUCUUGCCGCUGCUUUAGAGAAGGAGGGUAUUAGUGCUUUCCGCUUUGAUUUUGCUGGAAAUGGAGAGAGUCAAGGUACAUUUGAAUAUGGGAACUACUGGAGAGAAGCUGAUGAUCUUCGUGCUGUUAUUGAGCACUUCAAUGGAGCUAAUAGGGUGACCAGUGCAAUUGUGGGGCAUAGCAAAGGAGGUGGUGUGGUUCUUCUUUAUGCUUCUAAGUAUCAUGAUAUACAUACUGUUGUCAAUGUCUCUGGCCGUUAUGAUUUGAAGGGGGGAAUUGAAGAUCGCUUGGGCAAAGAUUUCAUGCAGACAAUUAAGGAGGAUGGAUUCAUUGAUGUUAAGAAUAAAUCAGGAACUAUUAGUUAUCGUGUGACACACGAAAGUAUGAUGGACCGCUUAAAUACCAAUAUGCACAAAGCAUGUCUUCAGAUUGACAAAAAAUGCAGGGUUUUGACGGUUCAUGGAUCUGCUGAUGAAAUUAUCCCAGUAGCAGAUGCACUUGAGUUUGCAAAAAUCAUACCCAACCACAAGCUGCAGAUUGUAGAAGGAGCAAAUCAUAACUAUUCCUCACAUCAGGCAGAGUUGACCUCUAUUGUAUCGAGUUUCAUAAAGCAAGCAUUGGAGGAGGACAGAGAGAAACCCAGCCAGUAGCGAGGUACCCUCAUGCCUGAUCAUCAGAUAGGAUCUUUGCAUGCAUUACGAACGAGAUAGCAAAUUCACUCCUGAAGGAGGCUUUCAACUUAUUCCUGAUUAUCAACUUAGGUCUGUAGUUACCUGGCAACCAAAGAUGGCCAAAAUAUGAGUGCACCAUUAUAAGUUAAGAUUCCUUACUUUGUCCUAUUGAGAAUCGUGGUGUGAGCAUUAGUUGUACUAUGAAAUGACCAUUCUUCUAAGGUUGAUUUGUCUCUAUUUAAACUGAGAAUUUGAAACUAUUAAAGAUUGUCCUAGCUUAGCUAUGUAAGUGUUUUCUUUUUCCAUUUGACAUAUUCUAAUCCAGUGUAGCCUUAGAUUUUGCAAAAGCAGUUA